ACUUCUUCGCUUCUCUACACACCUACCCCACCCUCCUCUCCUCUCUCUCGCCGGUUUCCUCCUCUGGCCUCCUCUAUCCGGUCGCCGUAUUAAACAUCCUCUGCCUUCAUUUUCGUAAGUUCUAUUAGAUUUUAGAGCUAGUCAAAAUAGAGAGAGAAGACCUUCAGGUUCCCAAGCCCAAAUUUUCAGACUUCUGUUUGAUUUUCGUUUCUUGUUUGUAAUUCUUAUGGUAGUUUUUCUCGCCAGAUCUUUUUUCCUUUUUCUCUCUCUCUCUAUGUUGCUCAUUCUUUUGGGUGGGUGGGUGGGGGUUCAGUCUGUAAAUUUGACAUAGCUUUUUCAAACCCUAAUUUGUUGUUUUUAUUACUCAGGUACAAAUCUUCUGCAAAGCUUAAGCUGAAGGCGCCAUGUGAAUCCUGGCUUUUCAGUUAUUUUUGUUUUUCUGAAGUAUUAGACAUGCAAUUAUAUGGCUCACAAGAUAGAAAAUUUAGGGUUUCUAAGCUUAAUCUUCAUUUUUUAGCUGCUUAGCUGCUGUUCUUCUUGUUGUGGUUUUUAGCUGUGAAGUAAAAUUUGGAACGAGUUUCGAGAUGAAGAGAUUGAGAUCGAGUGAUGAUCUCGAUUCCUAUAAUGAGAAGAACUCUGCCAAAGAUUCGAAUCCCAGUCGAUCGUCCCGAAGUUUUUAUUACAAAUCCGAUAAUGUGCGGAAGGGAUUGAUGUCCACUUCAUCUUCGUCUAGCAGGUACGAUCGGGAUCGAUCUAUGGAUGAUGAUAAUCGGGAGAGCUCCAGGAUGGUUCGGAAGAGGACGGAUCAUGAUAUAGAUAGCUUCGAUCGAAGAAAAGGGCCAGGCGUGGGGUUUGAUAGAUAUAGUGGUAAAGAUGGGUAUGGUGGAAAUGGAAGUGGAGCGGGUGGCGGCAGUAAUGUUCAUCGAUCUGAGAGCUUUUGUGGAUCCCGGAGGGAGUUUCCUAAAGGGUUUAGGUCUGAGAGGGACAGGUCAAGAAGAGAAGGCAGUGUCUCAUCUUGGAGAAGAUUUGGCAGUGUGAAUAAGGAAUUUGAUGAGGUUAGAGGUAGUAGAGGUGGAAAUGAGGAGAGAAUAAAUGUCGCUACUAGGUCUUCUCCUAAGGAGGACAGAACGAGUGCUGCUACUUGGUCUUCUCCUAAGGGAUUGAGGGAUGUGAGGUCGCCCACAUGGUCUAGGGAUUCUGGGAGUGAGCAAACCAGGGUGGUGAGAGGUGGUGGGAGGGAUGAGGGGAAGGGGAAAUCAUCAACUUCAAGGUCGAGGUCAUCACCCACAUGGUCAAAGGAUUCAGGAAGUGAACAAUCAAAAAGCGUGGAGGUGGGAAAGAAGAGUGAAUUGGAGGCCAAGAGCAUUGAAAUGGAGGUGAAGAGCGUUGCUAGUGGGAGUAAGAGCAUUGAAAUGGAGGCAAAGAGUGUGUCUAGUGGAAGUAGUAGUGAAAUGGAAGAAGGGGAGCUUGAGCCGGAACCUGAAUCAGUUCAUCAAGUUGUCAAGGAAGAUGAAAAUGAUAAUGAAAAAGGAGGGCGAGAGGAUGUUCCCUCUGUUGAUCACAGGGAGGUUGAGCCUGAAAGAGAGGCAAAUGAUCAAGUAAAUAAGGUAGAAAAGGAACCUGAUAAAGCAGGUGUUUCAGAGGGGAAAGGUGGGAAAGAAGUUGAUGACAUGCAAAAUUGUGAGAAGAAUUCAAAUGAUAAUAGUGUUAAUGCAUACAAAAUUGGCAAUGUGGAUGGUGAUGAAGGGAGUGAGGAUACUCAGAGUUUGAAGGAACCAAUCAAGUGCAAGGAGGAUGAAAGUCGGGAAAUGGUGAUUGAGAACCCAUUAUAUUUGGAAGAGGAAAGUAGGCAAGAGAAGGGUAUCGAUCUUGAGGGAAAGAUGGAGGAUGUUGAAGUGGCAGAGUUAAAUAAAGUUGUUAACGAGGAUACUGGAGGAGCUGAAGUGGAUAUUGGUCUAAUUAGAGAGGGUUCAGGCCAACAUUUGAAGGAUAAAGGCAAAAGUGUCGCAUUGUCACCAACCCUUGCUACUGAUUCAGUUGAAGAUGGUACAUGGAUUGAGAGAGAAUCCUUAAAAGUUGAAACUUGCAAGGAUGAUGAUGAUAUGGAAGGACCAAGUACUAGGGGAUUUGAUUUAUUCUCUAGCUCUCCUGCUAGAAGGGCAGAAAAAGCAGAGGAAUCCGGAGUUAAUAAGCCAAUUGAGGAAAAGCUGGUGUUGGAGCCUCUUGACCUUUCUCUUAGCUUACCAAAUGUUUUGUUACCCAUUGGUGCUGCUAAAGAUGCAACCCAGGCUCCUGGUUCUCCUAGCAAUGGGAGAAGUGUUCAGUCUUUCAGCACAUUUCGUACAAAUUCUGAUGGGUUUACUGCUUCAAUGUCUUUUUCAGGUUCUCAUUCAUUUUUUCAUAAUCCAAGCUGUUCUUUAACACAGAAUUCAUUGGACAUGGACAACUAUGAACAAUCUGUCCACAGCCGUCCCAUAUUUCAGGGAGUUGAUCAAGCUAAUUGGCAGGGCCAGGCCCAAAAUGAUUCUAAGCUCAAAGAUGUUCCCUUAUAUCAAAGAGUUUUGAUGAAUGGUAAUGGCUCUUUUCAUCAGUCUCAAGCAUUACAAGGUAUGUCAAAUGGUCAAACAUUGCAAGGAAACUCUAAAAUGGCCAAUGGACUGGAGAGGCAGUCGAGUUUUCACAAACAGUUUUCAGGUGGACAGUUAAGGAAUCCUGAUGAAACUAGAUCUCCUUCGCAUAGUGUUGGGUCUCAUGAUAUUGGUUCAAAUUAUAGCCUUGAGAAGAAACGAGCCAUGAGAGAGAAACAUGGUGGUAGCUUAUAUAGGAGUAAUAGCCAGAAGGAACAAGAGCAGCUUUUGAUAGGUGGGGCAGAUUUUGUUGAGACUAUCAUCAGCAGAAUAGUGUCUGAUCCUAUUCAUGCAACGGCUAGGAAAUUCCAUGAAAUGACAGGACAAUCUGCAUCUUUAGUCAAGGAGAGUAUUCGUGAGAUCAUGUUAAAUGUUGAUAAGCAAGGACAAAUGUAUGCAUUUCAGAGUGCUCUGCAGAACAGAUCGGACUUAACCUUGGAUAUACUACUGAAAUCCCAUCGGUUUCAAUUGGAAAUCUUGGUUGCUUUAAAAACUGGUCUUCGGGAAUAUCUUCAAGUAGACACUAAUGUUUCUUCUUCUGAUUUGGCGGAGGUUUUCCUGAACUUAAGAUGUAGAAAUCUAGCCUGCCGGAGUCCUUUGCCUGUGGAUGAAUGUGAUUGCAAGGUUUGUGCGAAGAAGAAUGGUUUUUGUAGUGCAUGUAUGUGCCUUAUAUGUUCAAAAUUUGACUUGGCAUAUCAAACAUGUAGUUGGGUUGGGUGUGAUGUUUGUCUUCAUUGGUGCCAUGCUGAUUGUGCACUACGGGAGUCUUACAUUAGAAAUGGAAGGUGCGCUACUGGGGCUCAAGGAGCUAGUGAGAUGCAGUUUCAUUGUGUUGCUUGUGAUCACCCCUCCGAGAUGUUUGGAUUUGUAAAGGAGGUUUUUCAGAACUUUGCAAAGACGUGGACUGCAGAAACAUUUUGCAAGGAACUUGAGUAUGUAAAGAGAAUUUUUAGUGCUAGCAAGGAUUUUAGAGGCAGGCAGCUGCAUGAACUAACUAUGCGGAUGUUAGAAAAACUGCCAAAUAAGGCUAAUCUUUCUGAGGUUUAUAGUAAUAUCAUGGGCUUCUUGACUGAAAGUGAUUUUUCCAAGUUUGGCAAUUCUUCUGUGUUCUCUGAGAAGGAACAAGGGAAUGGAAGCAUUGGGGGGAUUGCUGGGCCCAGCCAGGAUCCCUCGUGGCUCAAACCUGUUUAUUCUGAAAAGGCACCCAAAUUGGAAAGAUCAGCUAGCUUUCUUCCUAGCUUUCAUACAGAGUUGAAUGAUAAACGACCUGUAGAGUCUGAGUUGGAGAGGAGUGCCCAAAAAGAACCCAUCUUUGAUGAACUAGAGAGCAUUGUGAGAAUUAAACAAGCAGAAGCUAAAAUGUUUCAGGCGCGUGCUGAUGAUGCAAGAAGGGAAGCUGAGGGCCUGAAACGAAUUGCUCUUGCGAAGAAUGAGAAAAUUGAAGACGAGUAUAGAAGCAGAAUCACAAAACUGCGGUUAGUUGAGGCGGAGGAAAUGCGGAAACAAAAAUAUGAAGAAUUCAAGGCUUUGGAAAGAGCUCAUCAGGAAUACUUUGGUAUGAAGAUGAGGAUGGAAGCAGAUAUUAAAGAUCUGCUGUUGAAAAUGGAAGCUACAAAACGGAACCUUGCAAUGUGAUACCCUAAUGAAUAGGGUUUUGCAUCACAGGUAAAUUUACUCUUAGAAUCUGCUGUUGAAAAUGGAAGCUACAAAACGGAACCUUGCAAUGUGAUACCCUAAUGAAUAGGGUUUUGCUUCACAGGUAAAUUUACUCUUAGAAGCAAAAAGUUGAUGUAAUUUUGAUGCAGCUGUAGCUUUUAAUCUAGAUUUUUUUGGUCCUUGCUUUUCUUUGCUGCUAACCAAAUUUGUACAGACUCCAAAAUCUUUGUAUUCUAUAAAUAGCUUCCAUUUAUGGAUGCAAUUCCAAAA